CAGGGAGAGCGUGGUGGGCGCAGCCUUGGGCUCCGGAGCGUGCCCUUGCCCUUAGCCGGGCUCGCUCCGGUCGCUGAGGCGCGUCCAGCAGCUGCGGCUGACAGGGGCCGCGCGCGCGGGAGUCGGCGGGGUCGCGUCUGCCGCACCUGCGCCGACUGCCAGCUCCAGGUCCCCGCCCGGCCGGGCGGGCGACGAGGGCCUGGGAGCGGGAGCGGGCGCAGGCGGGGCCCCUCAGGGCCACCUCCUAGCCCCGCGGCCGCCGCUGGAAGAUGUCUCAGGAGAGGCCCACGUUCUACCGGCAGGAGCUGAACAAGACAAUCUGGGAGGUGCCCGAGCGUUACCAGAAUCUCUCCCCGGUGGGCUCUGGUGCCUAUGGCUCCGUGUGUGCUGCUUUUGACACAAAAACCGGGUUACGUGUGGCAGUGAAGAAGCUCUCCAGACCAUUUCAGUCCAUUAUUCAUGCCAAAAGAACCUACAGAGAACUGCGGUUACUUAAACAUAUGAAACAUGAAAAUGUGAUCGGUCUGUUGGAUGUUUUUACACCUGCAAGGUCUCUGGAGGAAUUCAAUGAUGUAUAUCUGGUGACCCAUCUCAUGGGUGCAGAUCUGAACAACAUUGUGAAAUGUCAGAAGCUUACAGAUGACCAUGUUCAGUUCCUCAUCUACCAGAUUCUCCGAGGUCUCAAGUAUAUACAUUCAGCGGACAUAAUUCACAGGGACCUAAAACCUAGUAAUCUAGCUGUGAACGAAGACUGUGAGCUGAAGAUCUUGGAUUUUGGACUGGCCCGACAUACAGAUGAUGAAAUGACAGGCUAUGUGGCCACCAGGUGGUACAGGGCUCCUGAGAUCAUGCUGAACUGGAUGCAUUACAACCAGACAGUUGAUAUUUGGUCAGUGGGAUGCAUAAUGGCCGAGCUGUUGACUGGAAGAACAUUGUUUCCUGGUACAGACCAUAUUAACCAGCUUCAGCAGAUUAUGCGUCUGACGGGGACCCCCCCUGCUUAUCUCAUUAACAGGAUGCCAAGCCAUGAGGCAAGAAACUACAUUCAGUCUUUGACCCAGAUGCCGAAAAUGAACUUUGCAAAUGUAUUUAUUGGUGCCAAUCCCUUGGCUGUCGACUUGCUGGAGAAGAUGCUUGUAUUGGACUCAGACAAGAGAAUUACGGCAGCUCAAGCCCUUGCACACGCCUACUUUGCUCAGUACCAUGAUCCUGAUGAUGAACCAGUAGCUGACCCUUAUGAUCAGUCCUUUGAAAGCAGGGACCUCCUUAUAGAUGAAUGGAAAAGCCUGACCUACGAUGAAGUCAUCAGCUUUGUGCCGCCACCCCUUGACCAAGAAGAGAUGGAAUCCUGAGAACCUGGUUUCUGUUCUGUUGAUCCCACUUCACUGUGAGGGGAAGGCCUUUCCAUGGGAACUCUCCCAAAUAUCAUUCAAGUGCCUCUUGUUGCAAAGAUUUCCUCCAUGGUGGAAGGGGUGUGUGUGUGCGCGCACGCGCGUGUGUAUAUGUAUGUGUGUGUACUCCUGUGCGUGUGCAUGUGUGUUCUGUCUUUGUGGGAGUGUAAGAGAAUAGGAGCAAACUAUGAUCACAGUGGCUUCAGGGGCAGUCCCAGAAGCUCCGAGGCGGCCUCUGCUUGCCCCUUGGGAGAGUCAGCUCAGGCAGGCAAGGGCUGCUGUCUUGUUCGGGUUUGUUACGUGCAAAAUAAAGAUACUAAACGGCCCAGAUCCCAGUCAUGCUUUUGCCAUUUUGGCCUCUCCCAUGGCCCUGUCUGGAGGUGGGGGGUAGCCUCGCUGACAGCCCAUAGUGGCCCAGAGAGGGGACGCACACCUUCGGGCUUCCGUGGAAGCCAGCCCUCAGCGACGGCGCGCGGCCAAGAAGGACCAGCUGCCUUCUGUGCGCUAGUCUGUGAUUGAUUUGCUUAGUGUGAUUCUCAGAACUCAGCAGGUAUGUGUGAAACUGUAAAUAUGUUUGUGCCUUAAGAGGAGAGAAGAAAGUAUAGAUAGUUCAGGCAGCGCGGCCAACCGACCACGUGCGGAGCCUGGCAAGCAGUCGGCUUGUCCCACUGCCGCUGGCGAACCAGAAGUGACCAGGGAGCCCUCGGAGGCGUCGUGUGUGCGUGUGUGCGCAUGCGUGUGCGUGCUUCUCUCUCUCUCUCUCUCUGCCCCCGCUCCCCUCCAGCGGCUGCCAUUUCUCUGCUCGCCGCCCCCCGCUCCCCUCCAGCGCAGAGGUUUCUUGCGCAUUAGCCCCAGCAGGCAGAAGCCGGUUCUUGCUGUCAGUGUACUUCCUGUGUCCUCUUUAUUCCCAGCAGAGUGACGAUGUGUUUUGCACGUCUUGCUAUUUGAGCAUGCACAGCUGCUUGUCUGUUCCCUUCGGGAGGCCCUGGAGCCAGGCAGGUUUGCCAGUGAAGACUUCUUGGUUAGUUCAGAGCCCACGUCACCUCGGCUGAUGCCAAGGGCAGGUGACAUCAUCCUCUCUCCAGCCCCAGUACUAUUUUGUGUUGAACACAAUUGAUACUCCAGGUGCUUUUGAUGUGAAAACUAUGAAAAAAUCGAACAGAUGGGUCGAUUGCGUUUUCAUUCUUGCCAUCUGGUUUUCGACAAACUCUUUUUGGGGAGCCGUCAUGGAAAAGAUCAGGGCUUUUCCCGGGAAUAUCUCAGACUUUGAAAAACAAUUGUUCUCUUCACUCCCAAUAGCCAGUGCUAAGAAAUGCUGAAAAUCAAAGUGAACAAUAAAAUCUCAUGAGGCCAGAAACUCCUUUUGCUAUCUUUGUCUAAAAAUGGUUAUUAAAAAAAAAAAGUAAUGAGGUUUCAUUUCCACCCUUCUUUGGAAGAGGGUCUUCUUGGCAGCUUAACGUUGACUUCUUGGUCUUGGUUUGGGGAGAAAUAAUUUUGUUUCAGAAUUUUGUAUAUUGCAGGAAUCCUUUGAAAAUGUGAUUCCUUUUGAUGGGGGGAAAGGGCAAAUUAUUCUAAUAUUUUAUAUUUUCAACUUGAUAAAGGUGAAAUAUCCUCAGGGGUGGAGAAGAGUUGUUUUUUCAUAAUUUCCUGAAUUGCAGGCAUCUUGUGCUACAUAAGGGCCCAUGUAUCUUAACCUCUUGUGAAAUAAGAAUGUGUAGAGCCACUUCCACUAUCGGCUGUGUGACAGAAUCUCAUAUUUGGGACAAGAUGUCUCCAUUUCUCUAUCACAGCGCAGUGGUACGUGUGCUCCAGAGGGACAGGGUAGGACCUCCGAGUCAACUGGAGCAAGACGGAAGGAGGCAGGCUGACUGUGAUGGCGUCUCGCCUGGGAUUCUCCCCCUCUUUAAAGGAAAAUGAACGCAAAGGCCUCAUCUCCUUUAUAUACAGUUCAAAUCCUCACAAUCCACAGCAAGAUGAAUUUUAUCAGCCAUGUUUGGUUGUAAAUGCUAGUGUGAUUUCCUACAGAAAUACUGCUCUGAAUAUUUUUUCAUAAAGGUCUUUGCACAUGUGAUUGUAUAUGCAUUAGGAAGCUGAAUGUUCCAGGAGCCUGGACUCAGCUGGAGCUGAGUCCUUGGUUUCUGAGCAUCGUGCUCCCAUCUCCUGAUUUCUCUGAACAGAAAGCAAAAGAGAGAAUGAGGGACACUGCUAUUUUAUUUGUAUUCAUGAACUUGGCUGUAAUCAGUUAUGCCAUAUAGGAUGUCAUACAAUACCACUGGUUAAAAUAAAGCCUAUUUUUCAAAUUUAGUGAGUUUCUCAAAUUUAUUGUAUUUUUAUGUCAACUGUUUUUAAUUUAGUGCACAAUAUGGCAUUGUAUUGAUGUUCUUUCAAUUGUGGCCUGGCAUAUGUUUCUGAUAGAUCUUAAUAUUUACUCCUAAAAUUUAGAAAACACUUUAACAGAUGGUACACUUUCUGGUGAAGCAGAUCGGAGUCUUUGAUGUAGAUGGGUAGAGCAAAUAGCAAAGAAGGUAUAACAUGGCAGGCAGAGUGUUACUGCACUUGGGUGUCAGAGUGGCCUAGGACAGGGGUCAGCAAACUGUGGCCUAAGAGCCAGAUCUAGUCUACCGUCUGUUUUUGUAUGGCCCGCUAAAAAUGGUUUUUACAUUUUUAAAUGGCUGAAAUCAAGAGGACAGUAUUUUUGUAGUGUGUGAAAAAUAAUGUAAAAUUCAAAUUUCAGUGUCUAUAAAUAAAGUUGUAUCGGAACACAA